AUGGACCAGCACGUCAUUCCGGCGGACGAGCUGCUGGACUUGGUGAUCACCUCCCUCAACUCGCUACAUGUGACGGUUCUUCAUCUUGUUCGUACCUCGCUCAAAGACAUCGAUGGCAUUGCCGCUCUGCCUGCUCUGGAAGAGCUCUAUCUCGCCUUCAACGCAAUUGCUGAUCUCUCGCCGCUGGCCAUGCUUGACAAUCUGACCGUCCUUGAUCUCGAGGCCAACGCUCUCGACUCGCUCGAUGCUUUGGAGUAUCUUGUCAUGGUUCCCUCGCUCGAGGCCCUCUCGCUCGAGGACACCCCGCUCUACGCCCGCUAUCCCUCGGUCACCGCAGCUCGGGGUGCGGUCGUACGUCUCCUGCCGGCCGUCGCCUUUGUCGACGACGUCCCGCGCGCAGACGUUCUCGCCGCUGCAGAGAGCGAGCCACCGGCCGAUGCCUCCGCCGCAGGCGUUGAUCAGGAAGCCGCGCUCGUAGCGGCCUCGCUUGCCCGCGCAGACGCCCCGCUCGCUACCAUCUUGCAGGAUGCGUACGGUGUUGUCCUCGACGACGAGGAGCGUGCUCUCCUUGAGGCUAUCGCCGACAUGCGCGCCACUCCUUCAGCCUUUGCCCCGCCCGCUGCAUCCAUCGCACGUCCCGCCACCUCGGCAGGUCGCAUCCUGCCGCCGCGCCCGUCGACCUCGGCCGGUCUCCGCCCUGCAACGCCCGCCGCCGCCGCGCCUAUUGCCUCGUCGUCGCCAGCACUCUCAGGCCCGGCCUCAGAGCUUACUCUCGGCCACACUCGCGCCAUGUCGGGCAACCCUGCGCUCGCCCUCCGCAAGCGCCGCAAGGCCGGCGUCGCCGUCGCCCCCGCCCGCCAGCGCCCGGCUACCGCCGCAGGCCGCAGGCCGCGCACCGCAGCAGGUCCGCUCUCAGCAGCAGCCACGCACACUGUUGUGCGUGCUGCCGCGCCGUCGCCGUCGUACCACGAACCCGAGGUCUGGCGCGCGCCAGAUGCAGAUCCCGCUCCCGCCUCGCCCGAGGCCUCGCCGGUCCGCACCCCAUCACCGCCGGCCUCGCGCCCGCCGAAACAGUCUGUACCCGCCCGCCACGCGCUCUUUACCCAGCCGCCCGUCGUGCCCGAAGCUCCACGCCGCCGCGUCCUCCGCGCCUCGCGCCGUGCCGCCCGUGGCAAGAAGCUCACUCGCUCCGAGCUUGUCCUCGCCCAGGCCACCUCGGCCGCCCGCCUCUCCCAGCCACUCCCGGCCCCCGCACCCGACGCCGACCUCCAGCGCAAGAUUGUGCUCUCUGCUCCGGGAGGCGGCCCUGGUAUUCCUUCGCGCCGCGUCGUCGUCGCUCCGGCUUCGCCGGUCCAGCCGAAAAACCCAUCCGGUGCCCGUGGUGCCACGCCCGCCGACCGCUAGCGCCCUCACCGCAGCCGCAACCGAAACACCGCGUAUCCGAUCACGGCCAGUGUCGCUGCCAUUGCAAACAGCACCGCGGUGUCGUUGCGGAUCUGGCUCUGCGAGUUCUUCAUGCCCAACUCGGCGAGAAUGACCUCGCCCGAACGAACCUUGCCCGGAAACCCCACCGGGUUGUAGUCGAUCUCUCGCUGGCCGAGCUCGUUGACCAGCAGCGCCUCGAGUGCGUACUUGUAGCUCGAGAGCGCCGCCACCGGCUCGAACCCGGUUGCGAGGCUGGCGCUCGAGACUAGAAAGCCCGAAAAGAGCAUCGAGAACAGCGAAACCACAAGGACCACAAGGUUGGCCGCUGCCGGUGACGAGACCAGCAACAUACCCAGGACCAGCGCAAGCGCCCCGUUCAUCCAGUUGAAGCCCACAAGCAAGCCCACAAAUCUUGCCAGCGAGCCUACUGUCGGCUCCAGUCCCACCCACGGGUACACGCACAGCCCGUAGAGGAGCGGAUGCAGGAGGCCUGGUAGCACCACGUCAAGCAUCACCUUGGCGCAGUAGCUCACGCUUGGAUACCGGAACCACGCCCCGCGCCGCUCGUACAGCACGAGGGCGAGCUCGCGCGAAAAGGUCCGGAUGGCCCCGAGCGAGGUGAGCGCGUUGAGCGCGAGCACAAAGAACAGCAAGCCGCACCGGUUCUGCGCGCCGACAAGAUCGAGCGGCAUGGCGUAAAAGAUACCGCUGAGGAGGCCACACGCUCCCAGCGUAACC